AUGCGUUUGCGCUUUUAUAUAUAUUUACAAGCAUUUAUAAGUAUAGCACCUGUCACUGUCAUGAGUCUGUUCAGUAAAGUCUAGUAAAUUUGUGAGCGUUGCGAAUUAGUUAAAAAAAUAUUAGAAAGAUUUCAUUAACAGCUAUUAAAAUAUUAUCAAACAAAAUUAUGGAUUUACUAGGAUCUAUCUUAAACUCAAUGGAUAAGCCUCCUACAGUCAGUGACAAGCAAAAGACACUUUUAAAAAAACAGAAAGAGGAGUAUCAGAAGUUUCAAAGAGCAGAAGCUGAGAAAUUAAAAGUUUUUCGAGAAAAGGUAGAAGAAAAGAUCAACAAAUUUCUUCGGGAUGAUAAUGCAAAGGAAUAUAAAUUUCCUCCAAUGGAUCAAAUCCAUAGAAGUAUAAUACAUGAUGUUGCUGAAGUGGCAAAUGUAUGGGCAUAUUCCUUUGGAGAAGAAGGCAUAGAUCGUCAUAUUAUAAUUUUUAAAAGAGAAUAUGCUCCAUCAGAAGACCAACUGAAUGUGUUACGUAGAGGAGAAGAAUGGAAUGAAGAGGUAGCAAAGAAAUUAGUAGAAGAAAGGGAAAGACAAGCUAGAGAAGAAAUAGAAAAUACUAAGAGUAAAAAGCGAAAAGACAAUUUUAUACCAAACAGUUACUAUAAGGAUAAAUAUGAACAUUUAAUUGGAAAGGAAGCAGCUUUGGAAGCAGCUAGGAAAACAGAAGCUAAUAGCAGUUAUGGAUGUGUACCUAGUGAAAAUAAAAAGGACCAACGAAGUAUAGAGCAAACUUUAGCAGAUAUACGUGCUAAGAAGAGAAAACUAGAGGCAAAUACCAAAGAAUCAGAGUGUACAAAUAAGAGUAUAAAACAGUGAAAUGCUGUGAAAUUUAAUCCUCA